AUGGUGACCACAAGGAACACGAACGCGGAGGAUCAGUCGGAGAUGUUGAGGCUGAUGGAGCAGAGAAUGAUGGAGAUGCAGCGAAAGCAUGAGGAAGAGAUGGCCGCGGUGAGGGCCGAAUGUUUGGCCCAGAUCGCUAAGGCUAAGAGAGGAGGAGACGGAGGCGAGCAGGGUGAGGGAGCAGGUGAGAAGCGGACGCCGCUGGAGGGGGAGAAUAGUAGCGCCCACGCCGAGGGAAGAGAGGAGCGGGGGAACAAAGAUAGUCAAUCACUAGUUAAGGUGGAGGAGUCGAGUGCAAUGGUGCCGUUCGUGCGGGAGAUAAUGGAAGUCCACAUAUCGGAGCAAUUUGUACCGCCACAAUUCAAGAUGUAUGACGGAACGUCUGACCCGAACGCCCACGUUAAAUCAUUCAUCAAUGCCAUGACCUUCCGAACCGGAUGCGAUGCCAUUUGGUGCAGAGCGUUCUCUCUGUCUCUGGAAGGAGAAGCUUUGGAAUGGUUUAACUCACUGCCGGUUAAUUCCAUUGAAAAUUUCAAGAGUUUAGGAGAAAUGUUCAAGAGGCAGUUCGCCGCAAGCAGUAUGGAGGAUGUGACGGUUGUAGACUUGAUGAACUUGAAGCAGGGUAAGGAAGAGUCUCUCAAGUCCUUUAUGGAUCGAUAUCAGAAAACGGUUCGCAGAGUUAAGGGCCUAAGUUUAGAAUUAGCCCUACAUUACGUGAUGCCUGCAUUGAGACCAGGCCCUUUCAAAGACAGCGUGUGCCGGAAUCCCCCCAUUACCAUGGAGGAGUUAAGGAAACGGGCGGCCGAUGAAGCUCGGGUUGAAAACAUGAAACAAAACUAUAGGCGAGAACAGCAAGAAGCUAAGGCGGAGAAGGGGGAUAAUCGGAAAGCUGAAGGUCAAGGAAUUAAACCGAACGGACCCAGACUCAGAGAAGGGCCGAGGGGCCCCAGAUUCCCACAUUACACUCCUCUCAACGCCCCCAGAGCUCGGAUAUUGCAGGAGGCGUUGAGCACCCAAAUCCUGCCGGCACCUCAAAAGCGACCCACACCGCAGGGGGCAGAUAUGAGUAAACGAUGUCUAUAUCACCAAAAUUCUGGACACGAUACAGAAGAUUGCGUAACAUUGAAGGAUAAGAUUGAGGAACUCAUCCGAAUGGGACGACUUCAACAGUACGUUAGAAGGGAGGAGGUCCGCCGAACGGAGGAACCGUCUAGAAGAGAACACUCUUACACAAGACCGGCUAGUCCGACCCGAAGCAGCAGGAGGGAGGCGAACUACCGGACAUAUGAUCGUCCGUCUAGAGAUCAGGGGAGAAGGACGGACGGAAGGCAGAGGAGUCGCAGUAGGGACACUUCGAGGGGACCCUUAAGAGGAACGAUAAACACCAUCUCUGGAGGAUUCGCGGGAGGAGGGUCCACUUCGUCUGCCAGAAAGAGAAGUAUCAGGGCGCUGAGGUCCAUACACGCGGUCGACGUCCGAAAAAGGUCAAUGCCGCCCAUCACCUUCUCGGACGAAGAUUUUCACGCCCCCGAUCCUGACCAGGACGACCCAAUGGUUAUCAACGUUGAGAUAGCCCGGUACGGAGUAAAUAGGGUGUUGGUGGACCAGGGAAGCUCCGUUAACAUACUAUAUUGGAGAACGUUCCUUCAGAUGGACGUUUCUGAGGACCUUAUCGUCCCCUACGACGAGCAGAUUGUAGGAUUCGCCGGGGAACGGGUGGACACGAAGGGCUAUAUCGACCUCAACACCCGUCUGGGUACCGGGCGGGAGAGCGAGGAGAUGAAAGUGAGGUUCAUACUGGUGGAUGCAACCACCGCUUACAAUGUCCUGUUAGGACGGCCGUGUCUUAACGCAUUCGGGGCGAUCGUUUCCACCCCCCACUUAACGAUGAAGUAUCCAACUAGGCGAGGAACCAUUUGUACGGUAAGAGCCAACCAGAAGACAGCUCGCGAAUGUUAUGCAGCCGGUCUUCGUAUGUACACGAAGGAAGUGAAGCGGAAAGUAAGUCGGUCUGAGGUCGCUUUGGCUGACCUCGAUCCGCGAACUAAUAUUGACGAUCGGCUGGAACCGGUGGGGGAAACCCAACCCAUAUUGAUAGGAACUAAGGCCAACCAAACCACCACUAUAGCAAGAGGGCUGCCUGAGGUUAUCGAAAAGGAGCUACGGAAUAUGCUAUGGAAAAAUCAAGACCUGUUCGCAUGGAUGGCAGCAGAUAUGCUAGGGAUACAUCCGUCAGUGAUGUCCCACAAGUUAUCGUUGUACAAGGAUGCCCGUCCGGUCUCCCAGAAGAAGCGAAAGAUGGGAGACGAGAAGAGAAGGGCGGUGGAGGAAGAAGUGAGAAAGCUGAAGGAGGCGGGGUUCGUCAAAGAAGUGACGUACACGACGUGGCUAGCUAAUGUGGUCAUGGUCAAAAAGGCGAACGGAAAGUGGCGGAUGUGCACGGAUUACACAGACCUGAAUAAGGCGUGCCCUAAGGACUCUUACCCUCUGCCGAGCAUAGACAAUCUCGUGGACGGCGCAUCCGGACAUAAGAUACUCAGCUUCUUAGACGCAUACUCCGGAUACAAUCAAAUCCCGAUGCACUAUCCCGACCGGGAAAAGACAGCCUUCAUGUCGGACCGAGCGAACUAUUGUUACGAAGUGAUGCCGUUCGGACUAAAGAACGCAGGCGCCACUUACCAGAGACUGAUGGAUAGAGUCUUCGCCAAACAGAUUGGGCGAUGCAUGGACGUGUACAUCGACGACAUGGUGGUACGGUCGCCCGACGAACAAAGUGACCUGCGUGACUUAGAGGAGGUCUUCGGCGAAGUCCGAAGGUACGGAAUGAGGCUGAAUCCGGCGAAGUGCACUUUUGGAGUAUCCGGAGGCAAAUUUCUUGGCUUCAUGCUGACAUCCCGGGGGAUCGAGGCCAACCCUGACAAGUGCGAGGCCAUUCUGAAGAUGCCGAGCCCGGCGACCUUGAAAGAUAUCCAAAGGUUGGUCGGGCGCCUCACGGCAUUGUCCCGGUUCAUCCCGAAACUGGCCGAGCGAGCAAGGCCGAUCAUGAGGAAGAUGAAGAAGGAAGCUUCUAAUAAGUGGGAUGACGACUGUGACCAAGCCUUUGCCCAGGUAAAAGGAAUCUUGAUGAACCCGCCAGUAAUGAAUCGCCCGGAUGAAGGAGCGGAGUUACACGUCUACUUAGGGGUUUCGGACGCGGCCGUAAGUGCCGUCUUGAUCCAGGAGCUUCCCGUACCAAAGUUGGUUUAUUUCGUUAGCCGCACACUGCAGGACGCCGAGACUCGAUAUCGGCAAGUGGAAAAGGUGGCGUUGGCCCUACUUCAUGCCGCGCGGAGGCUGCGACCCUACUUUCAGAGUCAUCAGGUGGUUGUCCGAACCAACCAUCCUCUCUCGAAGGUCCUGCGGAAGCCCGACCUGGCUGGACGAAUGGUGGCAUGGGCAAUAGAGUUAUCCGAAUUUGGGAUGCGCUAUGAACCCAGGGGUUCCAUAAGAGGGCAGCACCUCGCAGACUUCGCUGCGGAGAUACCACCGACGGGAAGCGACCUCUGGAGCUUGUACAUCGACAGGGCGUCCGGUAAGAAUGCAAGUGGGGCCGGUAUCGUCCUCGAGGGGCCGAACGGUUUCCUCUUAGAGCACUCCCUUUUGUUCAAGUUCAAAACAUCCAAUAACCAGGCGGAAUAUGAGGCCUUGGUGGCGGGCUUGGAGUUGGCCAAGGAUAUGGGAGCUAAAAAAUUGGUCUGUCGAACCGAUUCACAGUUGGUGGUUGGACAGAUGAACGGAAAAUUCCAAGUAAAAGAGGACCACCUUUCCAAGUAUUUCCAUAAAGCCUUCGCGCUUAUGUCAGAAUUCGAAGAAGCAGAUAUCCGGCACAUUCCCCGGGAGCAAAACACGAGGGCAGACAUGUUAUCCAAACUGUGUUCCGGCAAGGACAAGGGGCAGUUAACGACGGUUAUCCGGCAGAUUCUCCUUCAGUCGUCCGUCGAAUGUCAUGCGAUUAUCACGAAUGCCGCCGACUGGAGGGGCGAGAUUAGGGAGAUGAUGAAGAAGCAGGACGAUGGAGGCACCCUCCGGACAGAAGAGGCAAAAAGGAUAGCUCGUUUCUUACUGAUAGGCAACGACAUGUAUAGGAGAGGAUUCUCUACCCCCCUGCUCAAGUGUAUAUCCCGGGAAGAAGGACAGUACAUGAUGGAUGAGCUCCACAACGGAGAUCAUAAGAGUCGGCUAUUAUUGGCCCACUAUGGAAGAAGACUCCCGCGUAUUCACCAAGAAAUGCUUACGGUGCCAAGCGCACGCCAAUGA